GCCUGUGGGGACUUGUAGUCUUCAGUCAGUAGCGAGAAAGGUCAAGUCGACCGUCUUAGAGGAAGGCAAAAGUGACCUUCGGAAUCGCUCAGCUUCAAAGUCGGCGGGCACGUCCGUCAGCUCUCAGCGGAAGUGGCUAUAGGCGGGUCCGAGAAAGGCGUGAUGACGUCGCAGGGAUGCGGGCGUGACCGGCCGUGAGGGUUUGGCGGGAUUUCUGAAAGUCGCGCGUCGCUGGGGCAAAGCCGCGGUGUCCCGGGAGCGCGGCUGGGAAGGCUGAAGUUUGCUCCUGUUCGUCAGAGACCACCCUUCAGAGGAACUGCGAAGCGGGUUGGAGCCGGUGACGGGGAUUUUGUGGUGUGUGCGGAGCCGGCCGCCGGAAGCUGCGCGCGGCCCACGGCUGCGGACCGUAAUGGCUAUGCAGAUGCAGCUUGAUGCAAAUGCAGAUACUUCAGUGGAAGAAGAAAGCUUUGGUCCACAACCUAUUUCACGGUUAGAGCAAUGUGGCAUAAAUGCCAAUGAUGUGAAGAAAUUAGAAGAAGCUGGUUUCCAUACGGUGGAGGCUGUUGCUUAUGCACCAAAGAAGGAACUAAUAAAUAUUAAGGGAAUUAGUGAAGCCAAAGCUGAGAAAAUUCUGACUGAGGCAGCUAAAUUAGUUCCAAUGGGUUUCACCACUGCAACUGAAUUUCACCAAAGGCGGUCAGAAAUCAUACAGAUUACUACUGGCUCUAAAGAGCUUGACAAACUGCUUCAAGGUGGGAUUGAGACUGGAUCUAUCACAGAGAUGUUUGGAGAAUUCCGAACUGGGAAGACACAGAUCUGUCAUACAUUGGCUGUAACAUGCCAGCUUCCCAUUGAUCGUGGUGGAGGUGAAGGAAAGGCCAUGUACAUUGACACCGAGGGUACAUUUAGGCCAGAACGGCUGCUAGCAGUGGCUGAGAGAUACGGUCUCUCUGGCAGUGAUGUCCUAGAUAAUGUAGCAUAUGCUCGAGGGUUCAACACAGACCACCAAACCCAGCUCCUUUAUCAAGCAUCGGCUAUGAUGGUAGAAUCCAGAUAUGCACUGCUUAUUGUAGACAGUGCCACUGCCCUCUACAGAACAGACUACUCGGGUCGAGGAGAGCUUUCAGCCAGGCAAAUGCAUUUGGCCAGAUUUCUGAGGAUGCUGCUGCGACUUGCUGAUGAGUUUGGUGUAGCAGUGGUAAUCACCAACCAGGUAGUAGCCCAAGUGGAUGGAGCUGCCAUGUUUGCUACAGAUCCCAAAAAACCCAUCGGAGGAAACAUCAUUGCCCAUGCAUCAACAACCAGGCUGUACUUGAGGAAAGGAAGAGGGGAGACCAGAAUCUGCAAAAUCUACGACUCUCCCUGUCUUCCUGAAGCUGAAGCCAUGUUUGCCAUUAAUGCAGAUGGAGUGGGAGACGCCAAGGACUGACUCAUCAGGGCCUUUCUUUCUGUGAUAAGCUUUUAAAUGCUGUAUAGUCUAAUGAAGAGGACUGCUCCCUGGGCUUCUUCAGGCUCUUCCUGAUGUGACUGCCAGGACGUGGCUUCCGGGAAAACAAUUAUUGUAUCUGCUUUCUGGUGGCAGAAAGAGGAGAUGGGUCAGAGUUCAAACUGAUCUGAAAUGUUCGUUUCUUAUAGAGUAUAUUUCUUCUAGAGUAUAUUAGUGUCUGAUUUCUUUGGUGUUUGGAGGAGGGAUAUGAAAUGACAGCUAUCAGACAAUCUUAUGCUUCAAGAGAAGUAAAACUGGAAAGACCCGAGUCUUCUCUCACUUCUCAAUAAUGGUCAAAUAAAAUGCCUGAGAUAUGUGACAGGGAAUGGGUGCUUUCCACAUUCUUUUUCUCUAUACAUAAGAUGAAAAUUUUAAAACUACAUGCCUGAACUCUCACAUAAUUUAAAAAAUUGUUUUGGUUAAGGAGUCUUGCAUGUGGCAUGCUAGACUAUCAGUCCUAUAGUGCAUCUUGUUCUUGAGACAUUUAUCUAAAUUUUUCUAUUAAUAAAAACUCAGGAGUCAGAUAUUGGGGUAUAAAAACCUGAUAAAUCAAGAAAGAGGCAGAAGCCAGGCAUAGCACACACCUUCAAUCCCAGCAUUUGGGAGACAGA